GAUGUCUCGUGAAAGCUCGAGAGGGAACACACAUUUGUGUAACUGAACUUUAAAAAGAUGUAAAACCUUACUCAGAUAGACUACAGUCCUUGUGACAACUUUCCCAUGUGACAGCUUUUUUUUUUGUUUUUUUUGUUUUUUUACUAAUAUUAAUUUCAUUGCUAAAAGUUUGUGGUCUGCCAAACACAAAACCCAAAUGUGGUUAUGGUUAUUGAGCUAUUGGAUAAUGGAUACAGAUAUUAGCUCCCAGAGCAUCGCUGAAGAGGCCAUUAUCUGUUACUGAAUGAUGGGAUAUGGCUCGCUUUUCCAAUUCAUCCUAAAUGUGUUCAGGUUCUUUAGUGAGUAAUUAAUAUAAUCUUUUUAAGUCAAAACUCAGGGUUGUACUACCUUCCACGUGCCAAUUAAUUUUUGGAUAGCUUGUGGUACGGCAAAUAACAGCAAAUUGUAGUUCUCCAGUAGGCUACAUUAACUCACUAGUAGCAUUACUUUUCAAACUAACAACAUGAACGUUUAUAGUUUUCAGUGGCUGAUUUUUAAAACAUUAUAUUUGGUCUCCACAGUCUUGUUUGUGAAAAUAAUAAAAACGGUAUUAACGCAAGAUGGCGCAGUUUCAUAAUACACUGCUGCUGACUGUCAACACCACCCUCUUGAUUAGUUGUUGGUUGCCUGGCGUUGCUAAGGAAGUCAAGCAAGUUUGCUUCUUCAGCGAACUAGAAGUAACGGAGAGCGGUUUCACUCUCAAAAUAUGAUGUAAUCAUCUGAGUAUCAUGGGACUUGUUUACAUCUAAAACGAAGUCUGCCAAUAGGAUGAGUGAGCAUGGAGACAGCAUCGUCCCGUUUAACCCCACAGAACUCAGGUCAGGAGAACCAGCUUGUAAAGCAGAUAUUACUGUUCUACGUGUAGACCCCAGGACAGAGAAGAGCAACAAGGAGGAGCUCAAAGACAUCAAGAAGCCAUAUGAAGGUGCCAAACUACUUCAGGAUGAGCAUAACAAGGACGCCAAACUUAGUCCAUUUCAGCCUAGACCUCCCUCUCUUCCAAAGCCCGUGGGAUUGGGAAUGGGGGGUAAAAACAUCUCAUUUGAUGAGAAGGUGAGGGGGAGAAGAUUGAGGAACAGCCAGGAGAGUCUCACCGACCCAGGCGAGACGGGCUCUUCCACCGAUUCGCUUAAGGAAGACACCUCAUCAAAUGGCCAAGGCCUUGCAUCCGGAUGUCCCCUCGAUCUCCCACCCAUGGAGACACCGUCAUUCAGGAUUAGGACCGAUAGCUUCUCCGAGACUGACAAUGAGCAUAGUGAUCCGAAUAAAGAGCGUUUGAAACCGUCCAGAAUUAUUUUGUCCCCACUGCAGUCCACUGGGACAUAUCCUCCUCUGGAGAACAGCGCAGCCUCCACGUCCUUAAGGACAACUAAUCGGAUUGACAGGGAUUGUUUGGAUUACAGUGCGGUGGGGAGAAGGGGGCGGGGAUCGGAGAGGCUUCAGAGGAAUCUGAGCGAUAGCCGGCUGUUGGACACCAUGGUGUCAGACAAUGCCUCUGUCCAUUCCAUGAAGUCCACCUAUAGCGUUCUGAACCCCAUCAGACCCCGGGAUGUGAGGAACAGGAGCUUUCUGGAGGGUAGUGUUUUGGGUAAUGGUGCCUUGCUGGGGGCAGAGGAGCUCGACCGCUACUUCCCAGAGAGACGGCUCGGUAUCUACGUGGCCACAUGGAACAUGCAGGGAGAGAAGGGGCUUCCAUGCAACCUAGAUGAUCUGCUGCUCCCAACUGACACAGACUUUGCACAGGACGUCUAUGUUAUAGGAGUUCAGGAAGGGUGUCCGGAUAGGAGGGAGUGGGAGAUCCGUCUGCAGGAAACACUUGGGCCGUAUUAUGUGAUGCUGUAUGCAGCAGCCCAUGGCGUUCUCUAUCUCACUGUAUUUGUCAGGAGAGACCUCAUAUGGUUCUGUUCAGAGGUGGAACAUGCUACAGUUACAACCAGAAUUAUAUCUCACAUUAAGACUAAAGGAGCUGUGGGUAUCGGCUUUACUUUCUUCGGGACAUCCUUCCUCUUUAUUACAUCCCAUUUCACUUCUGGAGAUUCUAAAGUAUAUGAGAGGAUCUUAGAUUACAACAAGAUCAUAGAAGCUUUGGCUCUUCCUAGAAACCUCCCAGAUACAAACCCUUACCGCUCCACAACAUCUGAUGUCACAACCCGUUUUGAUGAGGUCUUCUGGUUUGGAGAUUUUAAUUUCCGCCUGAAUAAAGCCAGAGGUGAGGUGGAGGCCAUUUUGAAUCAGGUUAUGGGCGCAGAUAUGAGCCCACUAUUACAGCAUGACCAGCUGCUGAAAGAGAUGAAAGAAGGUUCCAUUUUUAAAGGGUUUCAGGAAGCAUCUAUUCACUUUCCUCCUACAUACAAGUUUGACAUUGGUUGUGACGUCUAUGACACCACCACAAAGCAGAGAACACCCUCAUAUACAGACCGGAUUCUUUAUCGAAACAGACAAGCAGAUGACAUUAAAGUGGUCAAGUAUAUGUCUUGCUUGUCCAUUAAGACAUCAGAUCACCGGCCUGUCAUCGGCAUGUUUCAGGUCAAACUUCGUCCAGGUCGAGAUAACAUUCCUUUAGGUGCUGGCCAGUUUGACAGGAGCCUGUACCUAGAAGGAAUCCGAAGGAGAAUCACCAGGGAGCUGAAAAAGAGAGAGGCAGCCAUGAAGAACCAGAAUAACAGCACGGUUUGCACCAUAUCCUGAUCGGGGACCAGUGUGUGAGAGCCGUAGGGUGCUAAAACUGAUCAUUUCAAACACAGAGGUACUGACUUGGAAAGCGGGACUUUCAGGACCAAAGGAUAACUCGGUACUACGGAUGUCAAGUGCACAGUCCAGGGACUAAAAGACUGCGGCUGGACAGCUGGUACUAUAAAAUAUUAUAGAAAUCUAUAAAAUAUACUGACCGGAGUAAAUGAACUUCGCUGUACUGUACAUCAGUUAUUCCUAAUCCAUUUUUUGUAUUAUUUCAUAUUCUGGUAUUUAACUUGCAAGCCGAAACAGUCUCUUCUGUAUAUGGUUCCAACUGAUAGUGUUUCAUGGCCUUGUUAAACCAUUAGCUCACCUUUAACUGAUAACUGUAAACACAUACCAGUACCAGGCAGCUCAUUUGAUUGGCUCCUGGAUCAUUUUUGAAGAGUUACCUAACAAUUUGCUAACAGUUGUACUCUUUUAUAAAAGGGAACCGUACUGUAGCAUAAUUACCAGCAACAUUUGUUAGCAGUUGUUUUUAUUGGUGGAUUGUCAUUGAUAGGUCAAUGUGGUAUCAUGUAGAGAGGCUGACCUUGGGUUCAAAUGAGUGCAAAAUCUAAGCGAGGAGGCACAGACUAUACUUGCGUUUACUGCCUUAACAUAUCCAAUAUAAUUCAGCUUACUUGAUGUCAAGUGUGACAGAUGUAUGGGAGCAGGAACGACCAUAGUAUUGGUGUUGCUUGCGCAUGGAUCUCAGUGACUGGUGUAAUAGUAAGUCAUGCAUUCACAUCAUGAAUUUCAGUCCUAUUUGUACUGAAAGUGCCUGCGACCUUUCUCAUGAUUGCCUCAGUGACUUCAAGUACAUUCUGCUGUUUAAAACCAAAUAAUAGCCUGUUAUAAAUGUUUAUUUACUAUGUAAAGUAAUACCAAAACUCAUACUUGAGGUGUUAUUUCUUAUUUGUUUCGAUUACACGUUUUGGACCAAAUGUGUACAUGAAAUAAAUAAUACAAAGGAUCAAGCUUUUAUUUUUGAAGGGAACAUGAGGGUUUUUGCUCAUUACAGUUUCAACCAUUCCCAUCAUCUUAAUAGGCAGCAAUGGAAAAAAAAUAUAUAUAACA